AGAAUCUGAAACCUCUUCCAUUUCCACCUCAUAUUUUCAAAAACCCAGCUUACACAAACAAACAAUGGACACUCUGAAAUUUUCUCAUUCCUUGAAGAUGGACUCAUCACAGAGAGUCCCAAACUACCCAUCAUCAUCAUCAUCACCACAACCACCAUUCGUUGUAUAAUAUAAAACACUUUUCAACACAAAACCCUUUUGAUUAUGUCUCAACAACAACCCCAAAUUCCAAGCAAUCUUCACAAGAAACCCACAACUCUCCCUGAUUUCAUCCUCACUGCUCUCUCUCUCUUCCUCCUUGUUUCUUCCUCCAAACCCAACACCAAUCUCCUCCCCAAAUUCCCUCCUCCAAUCUCUUUCUCCCUGAAAACCCUUCGUCGUUUCUCAGAAUCCACACCAUGUCCCGCAAAAACCGUAACCCUAGCCACCGCUUCGCAACACCUCAGUCCCUCUCCGACUGGCUCAAGCCCCGAUUGCCCUCCGACUCCUUCGCUUCUUGGGGUGUCAAGCCCGGCACCAAGAACGUCCACAAUCUCUGGCUCGAGCUCUCCGAGGGUGAAACCUCUCUCGCCGACACUAACCCUCCAAUCCGAACCGUCGAGGUCGUGAUUGUUCGAAUUAUCGGUAAAGAUGGGCGAUUUCUCAUCGAAUCGCACCAGGAAUUAUCGGAUGGGACUGUUCGGAAUCGGUGUCGGCCUCUUUCGGAGAAGAUGAAGCCCGGGGAGACCCUGGAUGCUGCCGUGGUUCGGGCGGUGAGAGAAGAGCUUGGAUCGAUAAUUGGGGGUUUUUUUGAUAGUGGGAUUGUGAGAGUUGUGCCGAAUUCUUAUGCAAAGAACGUGGAGGAAAGGAAUUCGGUUUCUUACCCGGGUUUGCCGGCUUGUUAUGUGUUGCAUUCGGUUGAUGCGUGGGUGGAUGGUUUGCCAGAUGGCGAGUUUUGGACUGAAGAAGGGGCGGAGUAUGAGAAUUCUGAUGAAAAUAAAGUUGCAGACGAGGCGGUUUCUUGUAAAAAGCAUUACUGGAAGUGGGUGGACUCUGAUUCAGUUUAACUUUGAUAUGGGUGAUUCUGAGCCAUCAUAUUCAAGAAAGCUUGAAGAAAAAUGUCUGGAGCCACAGACAUAGAGACAGUGAUAGAAAGAGAAAAACGAUGAAGAGCGAGAGCGACGUACCAGUGAAGAGCAGCGGCGGCGACAAGUGAAGAGCAACGGCAGCGGCACGGUGGCAGCAACGCUAGUGGCGCAUGGUGGCGUCGAUCAACAAGUAAGGAGGAGCAAUAGGGGAGGCGAAGAACAAUCAAUGAAGACCAACGGUUGGAAUAUAAUCUGCAUAUGUAUAUAUAUUAGCUGGAAGGGGAAAUGGAAUUAAUGGCGGGUCGCGUCAGUUGAUCUAGUGGGUUGGCUUUCACAAACCGCCACCCGUGCCGACCCACCCUCCUUGGAUCCUCCACCCGCCUGCCAAGAGCAGAA